AUGCUGCAUGUUCAGGGGGCCAAAGAAGCAGCUUUGAGUGCUGAAUUGGCACUGGCUCGCGGGUGGUAUACUGGACACGGUUCUGGAUGGCAACAAGAUGCUUUAGGUCAAGUUGCGAUGACGCUGGACUUGCUUUCCUGGCAUGGAAUCUCUGCCGCCGAGCUCAAGAACAAGUUUGCCCACGGUGUGUUUGAUUUUGUGCUGGCGGCAGUCAUUGCCGAUACAGACACAACCGUUCUGCACAGAGCUUCUACUGGGCGAACGCAUACCAGACUACGACAGCCGAUCCUGAAGGGUCCUCAACUGCAGAAUGUAAUGCUCAGCAGCGAUUUCACAAAGCAAGCUCUACAAAGCUUGGAGCUAGCAGCUUCUGAAACGUGGCUAACUACUGGCCGCCUGCGAGCGAGAAGGGAACUUCCUGCCAAAGAAGAAGCAGGUGACGGACUUGAUAACCCUGCAAGAGGACUUAGGGCUCGAUGGAUCUCUUUCAGGCGGCUUGAAAAAGUUGAUUCCGUGCAGUCGUCGUAA